AUGCCACUACUGUUGGCAAUUCCCGGUCCAGAGCGUACGCUGCCUCUAAUGGCAGUGGCGACAAGUGCCGCCAUAAUGCCCGAAGUUGAGGUGGCAACAUCGCCAGCACAAAUCGACUCGAUGAUGGCUGAAACAACACCCAGUGCUCUCAAUCAUACCUUACCAAUCAAACAGCAAUCAAAUACAGACAUUUCAGCAAACGCACCGACAGUAACAGCUAAAGCAAUAACAGCAACAACAGCAGCAACAGCAAUAGCUAGCGCAAUGCUUACGGCAAUGGGUCCAGCGAGUGCGAUGAUAAGAACAGCAGCAACUACAGGUGUUAAUAGCCAAAUUACAGUUAAGAGCUGUGGCGUUUCCUCGCCACAUCAUCACUCAACAGAUGGCGUUGUUAGCAGCAAUUAUGUAGUAAAUGAAAUUGCCACCGGCAGCAGCAAGGCCAGCGAAGCCGUCAUAUCCAGUGCCUUGAUUGCGCUUGGCGGCUGUUAUGACGGCGUGUCCGACACUCUAUCAAAUCAACACCGACACCGGCAUUUGAAUGGCGAUAGCCACCAAGGCGGCAACGGCAGCACCAACAGCAGCAGCAACGGCGACAAAGUUAAUUGUUGCGCUUCGGGCCGAUUCUCUCCUCCGCCCACCAACAGUGAUAAGCGAAUUGCCACUCCGGCUACCGUUUUGAAUGGUUAUUCUUCGCCCACUCGCCACCAAGAGAAUGAAUCAUCAAUUAGCGCUGAUAGAGUGACGACAGCGCCGUUGCAAUAUUAUCCGCAAAUUCACGUCAAACAGGAAUUCCUUCAAACAGACGACUAUCGAGAUGAAGCAGAGGCUGCGGCUGCGGCUGUGGCCAAAGGAGAAGAGGAGGCAAAUGAUAACGACGAGAACGCAACACAGGCAGCUCCACUCAGACAAGACGAUGCGCCAACAACAAUGCUUAGUGAGACAACGAGUUUUUUGGUCCACUGCCCUUGGCAUUUACCAUCAUUCAGUAACGGCACAACUUCGGGAGCGGCGACUACAAUGAAAUCAAGCUUAAACUUGCGGAAACAAGAUGGCCAGUACGACAACGUUUAUGGCUUACCAUUAGCCGAGAAACGUGAGGACGCUCCCGAAGUCACUAAGAGCUUUGAUAAGGCGCUAACCCAGGCAGAGCAAAUUCCAUUCCAGUUGGAGCACUUGGAGUUUAUCAAAUCGGAAUUACUCGAAAAAUUCACAAUGAAUUCAAAACUCUUUUCUCAAAUAGCACAAAACAACCAUAUGAGUCGUCCAUUACCGGCCACUAGAAACCCACAUCCUUCACUUUCACUCAGCGAUCACUCAUCGAAAUGCAAACGAAGUGGAAGUUACGAGAGUAAAAAACUGGAAGAUAUGUAUUUGUAUAAUAAAACACUGCUGCAACAGGCUCAAGCUUCAGGCGCGCUUUUUGUUGAUGCUAUGGCACCCACUCAGCGGCAACAGGUGGCCCCAGCUUGGAGUUCAAGCUUAGCAGCGACGCUAAUAACUCAUAAUAGAAUGCCAAACGAAAGUACAAACAAUGUUAUGUCAGACACAUGGAGAAGCGAGUUAAGCUUGCCGCCAGCACUGCCUGUGAACAGCUUCGACGCUCAGACCAAUCGUACAGCAACUGAGCAUUCAAGCACGACGAACUUCAAUGAACCUUUACAAGCCCUACCGAAUAUUCAUAUCGCACCACCACAAUCACCUUUGGGACAACAACAGUCCCAGCCGUUUAUGCAACCAACGACGCUACCUCAAUGCAUAUUUCAGUUGUCCCAGCCCCCGACAUCUUCCAAUCUACCCAAGAUUCCAAGUUUCUCGGACACUCCAAUACUGUCAACCGACACUUUCUCUCGUUCAAUACCACAGGUCAGCGUAGGAACCAUUGUUAGCCACUCAUAUGACGAUAAUUAUCAAACGCAUAAUAAAAAUCAAAACCGAAGCCGACAAGAACACAAAGAACAACAGCAGCAACGACCUUUUGUCAAAUUCUCAGUUUCAGCCGUCGAUUCUCUGCAGUUAUAUAAAUCCAUAUCAGAACACCUAACGCCACUGCACGAGAGAAUGCUGCAAAGCAACAGCAUGCAAGGCAACUUGCCACACACUCUUGCCCCAACCAUGGACAACAUAACAGCAACAGUGGCGUCAACAGAAGUUAAAGCAGCGGCAACGUCAAUCGCAGCCGAAACAAAAACACAAACAGCAACAAUGGGAACACUAAUUAAUGCGCUUCAACCUUCAUUCAUUUCGCUGCCCUACACAUCAACAACUUCAGUCUUCGCCCACCGGAAGCCCCUCACUCUGCCAGCACAGUCCUAUAAAUACCCCAAAGAACGAAAUGUGGAUAGAAUACCACCUCACGAGACGUCUGCAUCGGCGUUACCGUUAUACGUUAGAAAGUCAUUAACCCAGAAUACUAACAACAUUCAUGGCAAAGCAUCUAACGACCAAACGGCGAGACUUUCACACUUCUCCGCACUCCACACCCACCAGAAAGUCCAAAGCAAGCAGAAACAAAAGCAAAGACAAAAACAAAAACAAAAGCAAAAACCCAAACAAAAACAAAACUAUCAACAUCAGGAGCGCGUAACUUACACAUCCUUAGGAUAUACAAGCAAUGGAGAGCAGUUAUUCGUGCGGCACUUUCACGAGAGAGAUCGUCUCAUACGAGAGCAUCAAUUAAAGUAUCGUCUGUAUAACACCUUCAGUUCGGAUAGUGAUGAAAGGAAUGGCGAUGGUGGUGACGGUGACGGACGUGGUUGGCAAACAACUUCACAUCACGAAGAGACGACAGCGCGUCUGGGAUCAUCCGGAAUCCUUGAAAGUGUGAAGGUGGCAACAACAAAGGUCCCGUACGCGUCUGCAACUGCUGCUACUUUUGCGGCUGGUGAUGCUGCGAAUGGCAUUGCCUUUGUUAAUAACACUCACACUAAUUCUAAUUGGAAUGGUGUCUGCGAUGGUGUUGAUGACAUUGUGCCGCAAGUGGAGCAAGCAAAGCGGACGACAAUGCCAGGAGGCUUGAUGGUUGGUGUUGGCGUUGGCAUGGGAGUAGAUGACGUUGAUACCGUGAGGGAUGAUUUGGCGCACAUCGAGGAAAUGACCACACAAGACAACGAAGAAAUCUCAGCGCCAGCAGACAUCUCCCCCAAUGCGAAGGAAAAAUGCAAGCACAACCCAAAAGUGACGAAACAAAGAAAUGGAAAUGUGGAAAUUACAGAUGCAUUCACUGGACACAUGCGAACCUCGCCCUCGGCUUCACCUUUGCGUCCUGCAUCGAGGGACACUGAAGGCCGCGAAGAUGCAGAGUAUGGGGAGCAAUUGAAGCGAUGUGUGCCACCAACGAAGAGCUUGAAUAAAAAGCGUCGCCUUGAAGUGGACGCAGAGGUCGAUGAAGUACUCAACCUAGCACGUCAAUCACCAAAGAAGCCAGCGCGCUCACCACGUCGUUCGGUAACUCCAGAUAUCAGUAACGCGAGGAGCUCCGAAGACCCGCGUCAGCAGUUGUCAGAGAGUGCCUCCAACAUUUUUGCUGCACUCCAGAGCCCGCUGGCACCGCUACUGCUUCAAAAUCAUCUGGGCAUAGCUUCAUCAAACCUCGGCACCAAUGAGAUGCAACAAGCUUUCCAGUUACAGCUACAAAGUUACGUGGAAAUGAUGCGGCAAGUAACACCUGAUAACUUUCAAAGUCCUACGGCGACACAUUUUCUACUGCAAAACUCACUGCAAGCGAUGGCCCAAUUUCAAGCACUGCAACAACUGAAGCAGCAUCAACAAUUGCAACAAGAACUGCAGCAGCGUUUCGAUGGCGAUGAGCACCAAACGACGGGACAACUCAAACCUCAGAGCUUGCCUGCGAGAGAUUCCAAGUGCUUCUCCACGCCGUUGGCUUCAUCGCCAUUACGUAGUCCUUCGCUGAGUCCAGUUAGUCGGCAUCACUCAAAAUCUUACAACCUGACACACGAUGAACAAGAAAGCGGUGCCGCAAACUCAACACAACAAACAACACCACCUAACUCGGCUGUGGGACUACAAAUGAGCAGUGCCAUCUUAACGCCAAACACACCCGGUAUGUCUUCCAUAUUCCCCAAUGCGUUACCUGGCGCCGCAAUGAGUUUCAGCAGCACGCCGCAGAAUUGCAAAUCGGUGGGUGCGAAUGCAAUGCCUGCAGCAGCGCGCACUCUCGAUCAAUCGCCGGAAGAGACUACAGAUUUGGAAGAACUGGAGCAGUUUGCCAAAACCUUUAAGCAACGUCGCAUAAAACUAGGAUUCACACAAGGCGAUGUCGGUCUGGCAAUGGGGAAAUUGUAUGGCAAUGAUUUCUCACAAACCACCAUCUCACGAUUUGAAGCACUCAAUCUCAGCUUCAAAAAUAUGUGCAAAUUAAAGCCACUGCUGCAAAAAUGGUUGGAGGACGCUGACAAUACGAUCUCAAAGACGGGCGGAGUUUUCUCACUCAACUCCAUGACGACAACACUCAGCACACCGGAAAAUAUAAUCGGUCGUCGUCGAAAGAAGCGCACCUCGAUAGAGACCAACGUGCGCAGCACGCUCGAAAAGGCAUUCAUGGUCAACUGCAAACCCACUUCAGAGGAUAUAAACAAUUUGGCAGAGAAGCUGAAUAUGGACAAAGAAGUGGUGCGCGUUUGGUUUUGCAAUCGGCGACAAAAGGAAAAACGCAUCAAUCCCGCCCUCGACCUGGACAGCCCCACGGGCACACCACUCAGCAGCCACAUAUUUGGUUUCCCAGCACAAGCACUCAGCAUGUCGAAUAGCCAUGAAGCCUCCUCGAUGUGCGGCAGUUCGAUGAGCUCCCUAUCGCCGCAUUGCGGCAGCAAGCAAGAAUGAUCCUGUGGCUACAGAGAUAUGACGCGAAAAAUGUUGUAUCGAGAUAUGCAAGCAGCCAAUCUGCCGUGUCUGCUAUACCAGGCGCCGCUAGAGUACGCCGGCCGUGCACAAACGUUCCACGAAAGUCGACGCGACCUGUCAAGGAUCUGGCACUUUUGCGAGGAGCCGACUUGCAAAAAAAUGUCCACGUUCGAAACGUAUUCGCACUGCACGAAGCUGAUCUGAACAUACUUAAAAAGACGUACUUAAGCUACACACACACACAUAUGUACAUACAUAUAUAGUAUAUUUUAUAGUUGGAAUUAGGUAUUGUAUGAGUAGGUACUUGUAGCAUUUAAAUAAUUUACAAACAACAAAAAACGAAAACAAAAACACUAUCUCAUGACCAUAUCAACACAGACAACAUACAGAGCCAUAAUUUAAUUAUAAUUAAUUAUUUAAACAAUAAAAAAUUCCAAAUGUGUAUUUUAAAUGUUUAUACAAUAUAUAGAUAACAUACAUACAUAUAAACAUGUGCACGUAUGUGUGUGCCCAUAUGUGCAGCUGUAUCCAAAAACAAUGCACACACAUACAUACAUACAUGCACACACAGAUAGAUAUAAAUAGCAAUAAAUACUUGCUGUAAGUAGUUGGUAAUAGUUUUUUUCUCAUUUCAUUUUAGAAUGAAUUAGCCGAAUAUGUGGACGAAUUGAAAAUGUUUUAAGUUUACGUGUAACGAAAAUUACGCAUUCAAGGUUCCUAUAUUUAUGUACAAUUACGUUUCAUACAUACGAAUGGGCUAGUAUAGAUGUAUGUAUGUAUUUAUUCAUGUGCAUUGCAGCUACAAUAAACCCCUCUAACACAUGCACUCCACCUUGAUGAAAAAGUUCCCGGAAUAAUUUCAGAAAAUGUCACAUGCAAGUUUAUGCCUCAAAAGUGAUAUUAUCGCCUUCGAAGUACUCCCCAUCAGCAGCAACGCACUUAUGUCAGCGCGUGAUCCCGCGCUCGAAACAUUUCUGGAACUUCUGGAACUCUAUUUUCGGUAUGGCCAUCAGAGCCGUCUCUGACUUUUUCAAUACUUCUUUUCGGCUUUUAAGGUGUCUAGUUACGUUCCUCGUAGUGGUGUUUGAAAACAGAAAAAAUCACAGGGAGCCACAACAGAUGAAUUCGAUGACUGUUGGAUGGUAUUCAAUGCGUUCUUUGUCAAAAAUUCUGGGAUAAUGAUGCUACUUUGCGACGAUGCGUUAUCACAAUGCCACAUCCACGAACUGUUUUCCCACAAAAACCCUUUAUUUUUUGGACGAAUAGCUGAAUUGCUUGACGUUAACUGUCUGACCUUCUGCCAAAAAUUCGUGGUAUGCAACGCCUUUUAUAAUUCCUAAUCGUGGUCGACGUGGUUUUUUAGUCUUGGUUCAUUCGGAGCUGUCCACUCACUCGUGUCUUGGUUGCGUGUUGUACUCAUAAACCCACGUCGUGUCCCCGUAAUGAUGCGCUUGAUAAAUGUUGGGUUGAAUUCAGCCUUGCAAAUCAUGUCUUUUGCUCCCUUUUUUGCAUAAAAUUCAAAUAAUUGCAACCACAAAUAAUUAAUUACAUUGUCCUGAACGGAUCCAUAAGUAAUGUUUAUGUCCUAUUGCAGAUCUUUAAUGGUUAAUGUGCGGUUAUUAUUCAACUUUUCUUUCAUUUUAUUAUUGCUUUCAUCUGCUUUCGAUGUGGAUGCCCUGCCACUACGUUCGUCACUGCCCAUGCUCUCGAUCUCUUCUGAAACAUUCAUACCACUCGUAAACGAUUGCCUUCUUUGGAGUAUCAUUUCCGAAACAGUUUUCCAACUUGUAAUUUCUAAAGAUUUUGUACCAUUGAACCCAUUUUUAACGCAAAAUCUAAUAC